AGGUCCAGCACCUACCGCCCCAAAGGCUUCGAUGUGACCGUCAAGUACACGCAGGGCAGCUGGACGGGCUCUGUGGGGGAGGACGUGGUCAGCAUCCCCCGGGGCCUCAACUCCUCCUUCCUGGUCAACAUCGCCACCAUCUUUGAGUCGGAGAACUUCUUCCUGCCGGGGAUCAAGUGGAACGGGAUCCUGGGCCUGGCCUACAGGACCCUGGCCAAGCCCUCCAGCUCGCUGGAGACUUUCUUUGACUCGCUGGUGGCCCAGGCCGGCAUCCCAGAUGUGUUCUCCAUGCAGAUGUGCGGCGCGGGGCAGCCCGUGGAUGGUUCCGGUACCAACGGAGGUAGUCUUGUCCUGGGUGGGGUGGAGCCGAGCCUGUACAGAGGGGACAUCUGGUACACCCCGGUCACGGAGGAGUGGUACUACCAGAUAGAGGUCCUCAAGCUGGAAGUCGGAGGCCGGAGUCUGAGCCUGGACUGCCGGGAGUACAACACAGACAAGGCCAUCGUGGACAGUGGUACCACACUGCUUCGCCUGCCCCAGAGGGUGUUUGACGCGGUGGUGGAGGCUGUGGCUCACACCUCACUGAUCCCAGAAUUCUCGGACGGCUUCUGGCUGGGCGCACAGCUGGCGUGCUGGGGCAGCUCGGAGAGCCCUUGGGGCUACUUUCCCCAGAUCUCCAUCUACCUGAGGGCCGAGAGCGCCAACAGCUCCUUCCGCCUCACCAUCCUGCCUCAGCUGUACAUCCAGCCGGUGACGGUGGUAGGCCUGAGCUACAGGUGCUUCCGCUUUGGCAUCUCGCCCUCGGCCAACGCCCUGGUGAUCGGGGCCACAGUGAUGGAGGGCUUCUAUGUGGUCUUCGACCGGGCACGGAAGAGGGUGGGCUUUGCCGCCAGCCCCUGUGCAGAAGUGGCGGGGACCCUGGUGUCGGACAUCUCCGGGCCCUUCUCCACGGAGGACGUGGCCGGCAGCUGUGUGCCGGCUCUGGGUCCGAGGGAACCGCUGCUGUGGGUCGUGUCUUACGCGCUGCUGACGGUGUGCGGCCUGGUCCUGCUCACGCUGGUGGCCCUGCUGCUGCCCUGCCCCUGCCGGCAGAGACCCCGGGACCCCGAGGCCGUGAAUGAUGAGUCCUCGCUGGUGCGACACCGCUGGAAGUGACCGUGCGGGCGGGGGGGCCGCCCCUGGACUCAUCCUGGGGAGCCCUGGACCGACUGGCCUCCCUGGAUGCCCCUGGACUGUGUCCGUCCGAUGCCUUCCAGAUGCACCGCGUCUUCAGCCUUGAUUUUUAUGCCUCCUUCCCCUGCUCCCCUCCCUCCAGGGAAGAAAAGAAACGGUGGGAAUCCCGAUGAUGAUGAUGAUGAUGAUGAUGAUGAUGAUGAAGAAGAAGAAGAAGAUGCAGAAAUGGACGCAAGGUUGCUUGGGCGUCAGGCUCUCUGCCCAGCUGUCUGGGUGUGCCACCCAAGGGAGGAAAAAAAAAAAUCUAGAUUUAUCCCCACCUCUGCUACUUUUCUCUCUCUUCCGUCCCCAGGAAGCAAAAGCGCAUCGGGUUUCUAAGGCCUCAGCUCUGGGGACGCUUUUUGUACUCACUGCACUGAUGGUUUGGGGUUCUUUGCAGCAGGUCUUGUUCUGGGUCGGGCUGGUACAGAAAAAGGCUCCAAACCUUGGCGCAGGCCUGGCCGUCUUGGGAGCUGUCUGUGCCCAGGUGGGAAGCAGAGUCGGGCACCGUGGGAGCGUCCCUGCCCGGGGCUGCCACCAGUCUCCCACAGCCGGGCAGGUGCACACACACCUGUGUGUUUGGCCUUGACGCUGUGGGUUCAAAAGGUUUUUGUUAUUUUCUUUUAAAAAAAGACAAAAAAAAAAAAAAAAAAAACUACCUCCUCUGAGACUUUGCCCAGGGUCCUGUGCCUGGGUGUGGGGGUACCUGUCCUCCAACCCCCAACCUGAAACAAUCUUGCCCCAGCAGGCAGGAUCCACUGGUGCUGACCCAGAACCUUCCAGCUCUGUCGCCCCUCCCCGCGCUCUCACUAAAAACCAAUAAACACUGUCCACCCGCCCACCCGCGGGACAGACAC